AUGGCAGAGGUGAAGCAAGGGAAAUAUCUGGGCCUUCCUAUGGUUAUAUCAAGAACAAAGGAGCAACUUUUUGGAUACAUAAGAGAUAAUAUCAAGCGAAGACUGGAAAGUUGGAAGAAUAAAUUGCUAAGUCCUACUGGAAAGGAAGUCAUGCUCAAAGUAGUUACGAUGGCCAUGCCAACCUAUGUUAUGUCUUGUUUCAAAUUGCCUAGGAAACUCCUCAAGUAUAUCAACUCAGCUAUGGCCAACUACUGGUGGGGUGAAAUGAAUGGCAAAAACAAGAUUCACUGGAUAUCUUGGAAAAGGAUGGCUGAGGACCGACAGGAAGGUGGUUUGGGAUUUAUGGAUCUAGAAGCUUUCAACAAAGCUCUACUAGGAAAACAGGUUUGGAGAGUAAUCACCAAACCCAAUCUCCUAGUUAGUAAAGUUUUGAAAGCCAAGUACUUCCCCAAGGAGUCAAUCUUCACUUGUAAAGCUCAGGGUAAUGCUUCAUGGUUUUGGAAAGGAAUAAUGGAAGUCAGAGGGACAGUGGGAGAAGGAGUAAGGAGAAGAAUUGGAAAUGGUAGAGGCACAAAGAUAUGGGAGCAUUAA